AUGAAUAUUGCGCAGCCCGUCGCCUCGGAGGUGGAGAGCGUGGAGUUUACCUUCCUCUCCGCCAAAGAGAUCCAGGCCAUCUCGGUCAAGCGCAUCGAGAAUGAAAGCACUUUCGAUAACCUCUUGAAUCCAGUGCCCGGAGGUCUGUACGACCCGGCUUUGGGAUCAUGGGGCGAUGCACCAUGUGCUACUUGCAACCUGAACCAGUCCAAUUGUCCGGGACAUCCAGGCCACAUUCAACUCCCAGUCCCCGUCUACCACCCAGUCUUCAUGGACCAGGCCUAUCGAUUGCUCCGUGCAACCUGCGUUUACUGCAAAGGCUUCCGUCUGCCUCCCAAGGAUUUACACAAAUACACCUGCCAAUUGCGCCUGCUUCACCAUGGCCUCAUCCGCGAAGCACACAUGGUUGCUACGAUUGGAGAGAACGAGCUGGCAGUUGAAAUCCAGGAAGCGAUGGGAGAGGGGCCCAGCGAGGCUGAGGAGGAAGAAUCCAGCAUCGAUGGCGUUACUCGACAAAGAGAAAAAUUCGUUCGCAAAUGUCUUCAGGGCAUCAAGCUGAAGAGGGGCGAGGCCAAGCGAGGCAAGCAUGAAGGCGCGUAUGAAAUGCGCCGCGAAGUCAUCAAGGAAUUCCUUACCGAGAUCAUCAAGAAGAGAGUGUGCUCUAGCUGUGGUGGAAUUUCCCCGACGUACCGAAAGGACCGAUUUGUCAAGGUUUUCGAAAAGGCCCUCUCCGCGAAAGAAAAGGCGAAGAUGGCACAAAAGGCCCUCAAGUUCGGUGAUGCCAUGAGCAGAAUCCACAAUCGCCCAGCAUCUAAGAAAUCCAAGGGCGGUAAAAACGGCGUUGUUCAUAUCAAUGGCUCAGAGGUUUCACCUCCUCCUGAAAGCCAAGAUAUCGAAAUGGCAGACGCAGAUGACGACGAUGAUGCCGGUGCUGGAGAGGAUUCGCAGAGAUACAUCAGCUCAAUGGAGGUAAAGGCACGGCUAGAAGAACUGUUCAACAAGGAGCAAGAUUUGCUGUCACUCGUGUACAACGCCAAGCCUCCUACACAAAGCUCAUCAAAAGUUACUCCUGAUAUGUUCUUUAUCAAGGUGAUCCUGGUGCCGCCGAACCGUUUCCGACCAGAGGCCCGAACGGGAGAUUCACAGAUUUCCGAAGCUCAGCAAAACGGACUUUACAAAAACAUCCUCGCCUGCUGCUCAAGGAUUGCUCAUGUUUACAAGGCUCUUGAAGAGAAAAGGUCAGACAUUGCAAACAUGCACCAGGCUUGGACAGAGCUUCAAGAUGCCGUCAACUCAUUGAUCGACAAAAACAAGAAUCCUGUGCAGGGAGCAGCUGCGGCGCGGAACGAGGAGGGAAUCAAGCAGCUGCUUGAGAAGAAGGAGGGUCUGUUCCGUAAGAACAUGAUGGGAAAGCGAGUCAACUACGCCGCCCGAAGUGUCAUUUCACCCGAUCCCAACAUCGAAACCAACGAAAUCGGUGUUCCUCCCGUAUUUGCCAAGAAGCUGACUUAUCCCGAGCCCGUGACGAGCCACAACUUCAAGGACAUGCAGCAAGCUGUCAUCAAUGGUGUUGACAAGUGGCCGGGAGCUUUCGCUAUCGAGAAUGAAAACGGUCAGAUUGUGAACCUUCGCAACAAGUCGGUGGACGAUCGUAUUUCUCUCGCCAACCAGCUCCUGGCGCCGACAAACAGCAGCGCUGCCCGCAUGAAGAACAAGAAAGUCCACCGCCAUCUUACCAAUGGUGACGUUGUCCUGAUGAACCGCCAGCCCACGCUACAUAAGCCGUCCAUCAUGGGACACCGAGUCCGCGUGCUACCGGGCGAAAAGACUAUUCGAAUGCACUACGCCAACUGCAACACGUACAAUGCCGAUUUCGACGGAGACGAAAUGAACAUGCAUUUCCCCCAAAACGAGGUGGCCCGUGUAGAAGCACUGCAAAUCGCCGAUACCGACCACCAGUACUUGUCAGGCACUGCGGGAAAGCCACUGAGAGGUCUGAUUCAGGAUCACAUUUCAGUUUCUGUCUCACUUUGCAACCGAGACACCUUCUUCACCCGCAGCGACUACCAGCAGCUGGUGUACAGCGCCCUUCGUCCAGAAAGCGGCCAUAUCCUGGGAGAGCGACUCCAGCUUGUACCACCCGCCGUCAUCAAGCCGGUGCCAAGAUGGACAGGAAAGCAGGUCAUCAGCACAAUUCUGGCAAACAUACGGCCACCCAACUGCGGCGGACUGACCAUGAGUGAAAAUACCCAACUCAAGGCGGAGCAAUGGGGCAAAGACUCAGAGGAAGGAGUUGUGCUUAUCCAGGACGGCGAAUUCAUAACGGGAAUUCUCGACAAGUCUCAGAUCGGACCCAGCUCGAGCGGUUUGAUACACGCCGUGCAUGAGAUAUACGGACCGUCCGUUGCCGGCAAACUGCUCAGCAGCUUGGGCCGUCUGCUCACAAGAUACCUCGGCAUGAGAGCCUUUUCAUGCGGAAUGGACGACUUGAGGCUAACGGCAGAGGGAGAGGCGGCACGACGACGGGAGCUUGUUGCGGCCGACCAUCUAGGACUGGGCAUUGCCGCCAAAUACGUCUCUCUAGAGAACCAGCAAGACCCGCUGAAUCCGCUCCUGUUAGAGCGUCUGGAGGAGGUUACGCGCGACGACAGCAAACAGGAGGGUCUCGAUCUCUUGAUGAACCAGGGAACAAAGGACAUUACAGACGCCGUGCAAAAGGCGCUGAUUCCCAACGGUCUCGAGAAGAGCUUCCCGAAGAACCAGAUGCAGGCCAUGACUACUUCCGGUGCUAAGGGAUCUCGUGUCAACGCUUCCCUCAUUUCCUGCAACCUGGGACAGCAGGUCUUGGAAGGUAGACGUGUACCGCUGAUGGUGAGCGGAAAGUCGCUGCCUUGCUUCCGGCCCUUUGAGACAAAUAUUAGAGCGGGUGGUUACAUUGUGAAUCGAUUCUUGACUGGAAUCCGGCCGCAGGAGUACUAUUUCCACCACAUGGCGGGACGUGAGGGUUUGAUUGACACAGCCGUCAAGACAUCUCGCUCAGGUUAUCUGCAGCGCUGUAUCAUCAAGGGAAUGGAGGGCCUUACAGUCUCUUACGACACAUCAGUGAGAGAUGCGGAUGGCUCGCUGAUCCAGUUCCUGUACGGUGAAGAUGGACUGGACAUUACCAAACAAAACUACCUAAAGGACUUUAAGUUUAUCCUGCAAAAUGUGACUUCAGAGGCGGCCCAACUCAAGUACGACCCCAAGGUGGGCGAGCGGCUUGGUGCCAACCGCCAGGCGUUCCAGAAAUACAUGAAGAACGCCGUGAAGCACGCCAAGGCCAAGGAUCCGAACGGAAAGGACCCUCUGACAGCCAGCUUCGAUCCGGCCACCAACGCAUUUGCCACUUCAGAAACAUUCUACGAGGCCAUGACAGAAUAUCUAAAGGAAAACCCCGAUGGGCUGGUGCGAGAAAAGAAGGGCCAAGACAAGGCCGUCUCCAAUCCCAACCAGGUGACGCUGAACAAGAAGAAUGCAGAGAUGCUUUUCGCCAUGAAGUAUCUGCGGUCGUUGGUCGAGCCGGGAGAGGCCGUCGGCAUUGUUGCCGGCCAGUCUAUUGGUGAGCCGUCUACACAGAUGACGCUGAACACUUUCCAUUUGGCCGGUCACUCAGCCAAGAACGUGACGCUGGGUAUCCCUCGUCUGAGAGAAAUCCUGAUGACUGCCAGUAAGACGAUUUCGACACCGGCAAUGACACUAUACCCCAUUGCCGAGCUGUCAGAGCAGGAUAUCGAAGUCUUUUCCAAGUCCAUCAGUGUGCUACGCCUGAGCCAAGUGCUGGACGGUAUCGUAGUUGAGGAAGAGGUCGGCAAGGGCAAGCUCCGCGGCCUUGCCAAAAUUUACAAGAUCAAUCUCAAGUUCUUCCCGUCAUCAGAGUAUGAAGCAACCUACGCAGUCAGCGUCUCGGACAUAAUGACCACGGUGGAGAAGAAGCUUCUGCGCAACAUCCUGGCAAUCAUGAAGAGGGAAGUCAAGAAACGCCAGACGCAGACAACAACGGGAACUCCCGAAAUUGGCGUCAAGGUGGGAACUGUCGAGACAGCCCGAGCUGAAGGAGCGCCGGACCGCGUUUUGGGCGAGGACGACGACGACGAUGAUGAUGAUGACGACAACGACGCUGCCGGGGCGAAGCGACGAGCCAACCGAGGCCAGGCCGUCUCCUAUGGACCCAAUGACGACGACGAUGACGCUAUCCAGAAGGACAUGUCAAGAGGGGCGGAGGACGUCUCAGACGACGAAGGUGCCGACAACGUCGCUGGCUCAAACGGCGUGGAUAAGGAGCUCGGCGAUGAGGACAGCGACGAGGACGGCACCAUGUGGUCGUCGAGGGCGCGAAAGGAGCGUGUGCUCAAGAACUACGUGGAGGCGACGGAUUUCCAGUGCGACGACAAGCGCGGCGAGUGGUGUAAUGUGACGCUCGAAUUCGACGUCAACAUCCCCAAGGUGCUCAUGCUCAACAUUGUCGAGGACGCGGUGCGCCAGACGGUGGUGCAGCAGGUGGCGGGCAUCGAGUCGUGCCUGGUGGCCCAGGAGAAGGGCACGACGGCCAUCAACACCACGGGCGUCAACCUGCGCGCCAUGCACCGCUACAGCGACUUUAUCGACCCGCACCGGAUCCAGACCAACGACAUCGCCGCCGUGCUGGAAGUCUACGGCGUGGAGGCGUGCCGCAGCAACAUUGUGCAGGAGCUCUCCGGCGUCUUUGGCGGCCACGGCAUCAAGGUGGACAACCGCCACCUCAACCUGAUUGCCGACCACAUGACGCGCAACGGCGACUUCACGGCCUUUAGCCGCAUGGGCCUGCGCGGCAACGUGAGCCCCUUUACCAAGAUGAGCUUCGAGACGACUUUGGGCUUCCUCAAGGACGCGCUGAUGGACGGCGACUGGGACGACCUGACGACGCCGAGCAGCCGGCUGGUGAUGGGCAAGCUGGGACGAGUAGGCACGGGCGGCUUCGACGUGCUGACGCAGCUGCCGACGUACUAUGUCAACUCGCUAGCAUAG